AUGGCUUCACCUUCACCGUUGCUUGGUCCACCAGAGCUCCGAGACUCCAACUCUUGCCUCCCAAAACCCAUCACAGCCUCUGGUCCAAGCAACCCAUUCAUGGACCAAAUGGUCUCUAACUUCAACAAGUCAACCCGAGUAGUCAACGAUGUCUCUUCUCCUCAGAUGGGCCGGACCGAGAACAGCUCCGCCACGUUCCUCUCCGCCGGCAACCCUUGCCUGGACUUCUUCUUCCACGUUGUCCCAAGCACGCCCAAGGAAUCUAUAGAACAGAGACUUCAAGCUGCUUGGAACCACGACGCUUUAACCACUCUCAAGCUUAUAUGUAACCUUCGUGGAGUCCGUGGCACCGGAAAAUCAGACAAGGAAGGUUUUUACACGGCGGCGUUGUGGCUCCAUGGUUGCCAUCCCAAAACACUCGCUUGUAAUCUCGACUCCCUCUCGAAUUUCGGCUACUUUAAGGAUUUUCCGGAGAUUCUUUACCGGAUCCUCAAAGGAUUUGAGAUCCGUAGAAUCCAGAAAUCGGAAUGGAACCAAAGGAAAAACGGAGUCCACAAACCAUCCGGAGGUAGAGGAAGAGCUCCUUUCUCUGUUGAAACCUCGAGAGUCUCUUACCAAGGUCGCGGAAUGGGUCGAGGAAGAGGUCGCGGUGGCCGUAAAAAGAAGCCAGCGGCGACGAGGGAGCUGAGGAUAGCGAACGCAGAGAGGAGGAAUCAAGCGGAGAAAGCUAAAGCGAGCUUGGAUCGGAAAAUGGAGAAGAUUUCGAUGGGGAAGAAAGCCUUUACUAGAUAUUCUCACGAUCCAGAUUACCGGUUUCUCCACGAACGCGUCGCCGAUCUAUUUGCAAAUCUCCUGAAGAGAGAUCUCGAGUUUUUGGCAUCCGGCGAAACAAACAAAAUCUCUCUGGCGGCGAAGUGGUGCCCGUCGCUUGACUCUUCGUUCGACAAAGCAACUCUUCUCUGCGAGAGCAUCGCUAAGAAGAUUUUUCCACGCGAAUCGUUCCCAGAAUACGAAGGCGUCGAAGAAGCUCACUACGCUUACAGAGUUCGUGAUCGGCUCCGGAAACAGGUUUUAGUUCCACUCCGGAAAACUCUGCAGCUCCCGGAGGUUUACAUGGGAGCGAGAGAUUGGGCGUCUCUUCCAUACAAUCGCGUUGCAUCGGUGGCUAUGAAGUCUUACAAGGAGAUUUUCCUGGAGCACGAUCCCGAGAGAUUUCAGCAAUUUUUAGAUGAUGCGAAAUCAGGGAAAACGAAAUUGGCCGCCGGAGCUGUGUUGCCUCACGAGAUAAUUGGUGAAUUAGAUGGCGGAGACGGCGGACAAGUCGCUGAGCUGCAAUGGAAACGAAUGGUGGAUGAUUUGAAAAAGAAGGGCUCGCUGACGAAUUGCAUCGCGAUCUCCGAUGUGUCGGGAUCUAUGGCCGGUACUCCAAUGGAGGUUUCCGUCGCGCUGGGUCUUCUCGUUUCUGAGCUAUCGGAGGAGCCAUGGAGAGGGAAGCUGAUAACGUUCAGCGAGGACCCAGAGCUGCAAUCGGUGGAAGGAGAGGAUCUGAGAUCGAAAACAGAGUUCGUGAGGACGAGGAGAUGGGGAAUGAGCACUGAUUUUCAGAAAGUGUUCGAUCUGAUUCUGAGAGUGGCGGUUGAAGGGAGAUUGAAGGCGGAGGAUAUGAUCAAGAGGGUGUUCGUUUUCAGUGACAUGGAAUUCGAUCAAGCCUCGGUUUCUUCGCAUGGUUGGGAAACGGAUUAUCAGGCGAUGGCGAGGAAGUACAGAGAGAAAGGGUACGGUGACGUUGUGCCGGAGAUAGUGUUCUGGAAUUUGAGGGAUUCGAGGUCAACGCCGGUGCCGGGAAGAGAGAAAGGAGUGGCGUUGGUGAGUGGGUUUUCGAAGAAUCUGAUCAAAAUAUUUUUGGAUAAUGAUGGAGAGAUCGAUCCCAUGAAGAUGAUGGUGGCUGCUAUUUCCGGAGCAGAGUAUGGCAAACUUGUUGUGAUUGACUAA